CUUAGAGCAGGGGAAGGAACUGGAUGUUACAGACCGAAAUAAGCGAUUAGUAAACACUGACGUAGAAUCAACUUAUCCUGUCACUAGAGAGCUAUGAUGCCAAAUCCAUAGCUUUAUGGCAGACAGAAGCCCAAACAGCACUGGUCAGCCAGUGAACCCAGAAUAUGGACUGCAGAGGUUGCCAUGGAACAUGGGCACACUUCAUGUCCCAGAAAAUUUCCAGACUCGUUUACCACGUUCAGCAAUCAGCAUUGCGCAAGAGCUUUUGCCAAACUUGCCUCAUCAUGUGUUCAAUCAAAGCAGUGCAUCUCAAGCACCUCGUUCCUUGCCAUCUGCAGUGUCAGCAAAUAACCAAGAUGAUGUGACUGUUGACAUGGCAUCCAUGAUGUUAGGAGAAAAUAAUGAAGGAGAAGUCAUCAACUUAAAUCCCCAGAUGGUGGCUCGCAUGGAGAAUAUUCGCAGUUUGCUGCAACAUAUGGUUGAGCAGCAUCAGCAAAGUUCUCAGACACCUGUGGGUGCUGCUUUGGAUUCUGCAAAUGCCUCACACCCACACUCUCAUAGACAUAACCAUGCACAUGCCCAUGGUCAUAGUCAUGCAGGAGAGGGACCAGCAGAGGGGCUAGCUGGGGUCCAGCAGUCAUUGACAAGACUGCUACAGUCAUCUGGCAUCUUCUUCAUUCUUUUACUGCUGCGCUUUAUUUAUGAUCAUAGACUAGGUCUCCUUGUUAUUCUGGCCAUGGGCGGAACAUUUUAUUAUGUCAAUAAGAAGUUGGUUCAGUGCAUUCAUCAGACAGCAGUGCGGGAGAUUGGGACUGCACGUAUAACAACACUUGCUUAUCCCCUGUGGCUGAUAGCAUUUUUGGGUAUCAACAUUUGUCUCUUAUACUACUGUUUCCAAGAUCAAGCUCUUUGGAAAACUUUCUUGUAUCAGAUGCCUACGGUAGCUGACAUUGACGUGUGGACCUUGCUGUGGGUGGUAUUACUGACAGAUUUUGUGGUCAAGUUUGCAACAGUUGCUGUAAAAUGUUUGGUCUUUCUGCUUCCAUCCUGUUGUGUCCCUUACAGAUCCAGGGGCCAGUACUACAUGUUCAUUGAAAAACUUUCUCAGCUGUAUCGAAUUACACUUCCUAUCAUUCCUUGGAUACACUACCUGCAAGAUGACCAAGAAAUUGGGCGCUGGUUUGCUUUGGUGACGGUGAUUAUUUACAUCUUAUUUAAGCUUAGUACACUUUGGGUUGCUACCCUGGAGGUGUUGAAAGCUUUUCGCAGGCUCAGGAUGCAAACAAGCUUUGGUACCAAACCUGCAUCAGAAGAUUUGAAACAGCGUGGUACCACCUGUCCUAUUUGCCAAGAUGAGUUUAAGGACCCUGUAUUGUUGACAUGCAAGCAUAUAUUCUGCGAGAACUGUGUGUCCCUCUGGUUUGAUAGAGAGAAGACCUGUCCAAUGUGUCGAGCCCAGAUUACUGAUGAUCCAGAAUGGAGGGAUGGCAGUACAAACCCCUCUCUGCAGUGGUACUAGUGCCAAAGUUCUCUAAGCUGCAGUUUGCUCUCAGGAUGGUUAGAGCACUUCUUUUGUCUGCCACUUGUCUCAAUUUUUAUGCACACAGUGGGAAUUAGCCAUAGGUUGACGGAAUCUUGCCAGUGAUUUACAGGUGCACACAUUUCCAGUCUAAAGAAAACAAAGAGAUUUUGUUCACAAGUGCAAGAUACAAUUUUGGACAAAACAUUUUAUCACAUAAUACAGCUGUUCUGAGCAUUUUGUGUGUGUGUGUGUGUGAGAGAAAGACAGUGAGUGUGCAUGUGCAUACCUGGUUGCCUUUCAGAUUUAUGCAGUGAGUGCAUGGUUCUGUAAUAGCAUAUAUAUCGAAAUAUAAAAUGUAAAUAUAUAUAGUUCAAAAUAAUUUGCCCUCUGUCUCACCGUCUUGGGACCCCUUUUAUUUCAAUAAUAUUGCAGGAGUGUAGAAGUAUUGCUGACAUCAGGUAUUUUGCAGUUAAAAUUCAUCUCUCUAAUAAAUGCUACAAUAAAAAAUCAAACAUUGUGAUAAAUGAUUGGCACCAGAUAAGUGUGCUUUAAUAAAACCAAGAUAACCUGGUUUCACAGUUUGUUUCAUGGCUCUUAGCAAUAAUUUUAUUCACUAAUUUGUACAUGAAAAGUCCUUUCUGAAUAUGCUUGCAUCAUUUAUAUCAAUUUUAACUAAUGAUUUUAUACAUUUGUUGAAUGUUUCCAAAUAAACUCUUAUCUUGUAACUGGUAAAACUGGUUUAGUUUAUUACAUAGCUUUUAUUUUUAAUCUAACAGAAGUAGCUCAUAUUACUGGAUGAAUGCAAAAAAGGAUAUCAAGUAACUGGUCUUCAAAGUUUACUGAGGGAACAUACACAUUUUCAAGUUAUUUUUUAGUCUUUAACAUUUAAGUCUCAUAUUUUAAACAUAACACCUAUGUGAAAACAUUUGUGCUCAUUUACCUUCAAAAUAAAAAAAAAUGCACGUGCUUUAUAUUAUUUCUACAACUGUUACGAAAGCACACAUCAGAAACAAGAACCAGUUUUUCUUACAUGUAGAUUAACUCAAUUACUUAAAUAUAGUGAUACAUCCCCCAAGUGAAAAGUGUAUUUUUCAAUUGGUUCUUUAUUACUAGAUCUGUGGAAUGAUGUCCCUUCCAGUGUUCAGUUGUUUACCUGGUCGUGGAGUGGAGUACCACAGAAAGUAUACAUGAAGAUACUCUAAUUUCCUUUACUGGAUGCUUACUAAGCCAAUUUUAUGAGCUGUUUUGAUGACAUUGUUAGCAUUGUAACAUAAUUUAUCUGUACAAAAAGAUAAAUUGUUGGGUUUUGGUUUGUUAUCAAACCCACUCUCUGCCAUCUACGAUGCUUUUAUGAUAGCAUUAUUGUAUUUUGUAGUGUUCACUAGUAUUUAUCAAAAUAAUAAUUUUUUAAAAUUUCUGGAGGCUUUCCUGAAAUUCUAUUGUGCCAUGUAUUUUGAAAUUGCAGAAAUAGUGCAAGUGAAGAAAAUAUGUAUAGGAAGAGUGCUCGAGAGUUGCUUAUUAGGCUAUCAUUGGAAUUGUUGCUUAUUUUCACUUCUCUAGUAUUGAAGCGCUUGUAAAUGCACUAAAAAUAAGGCAGGACAUACUUCUGCAAAAGGAUGUUUUCAAAAUUCUUCAAGGCAAGAUGACAUACUGGACUGAACAUUGGGAGUGUUGUUUGUAGGACAUUCUACUUUAACAGAAAAAUACCUUUUUAACAGGAAGCAUAUUUUUGAAUGUGAUGGUGUUUAGAUUUGUUUUUUGGACUAUCAUGUAGAUAUUUGCCAAAUAUAAUAACACAUUUAACAUUGUGUGUCCAUAACACAGUGAAGGCACCACGAAAAUGUUUCAAUAACCCUGCACAUUGGAAAUAAUAUGAAUGGUACAAUUUUUAUGUAGUGAAUUUUGGAGAUGAACAUCACAACACACAGUUAAUUUUCUUCAUUGUGCAUUUGUUUUUGUACUGUCUGUCCCAAAUUCCAGCAUAGGUGAGUUCAGUGUACAAAAGACGACAGCACAAACCUGACAGGAUUUGUAUUCAUCCAAUUAACAAAAAUAUUGCCUUCUUAAGCUAUGUUUUGUGACAUAGUUUCUAGUUUUAUCUUUUUUCUAAAUAGCCUGUUUAAAGAUGCAAACAUGAUUUGGAACUAGCACAAAAAUCCCAUGCUUCAUGGAAAUUGUCCCGAAUAGUAACUAUUUGUUUUGACAGCAAUCCUGCCAGUUUGAAUUUGAGCCAUAUUAUGCCAGUCUCUUUGCUUGUGCCUGUGAUAGAGCCAUAAUGCUUGCUCACAUUGAUAAAGUUUUGAAUGUUCGCUGUGAUGUAAGAAGUGUUGUUUUUUGUAUGUUUAAAAUAAAUGGCAAGACUAUGUACUAAAAAGAAACAAACAAAACUAGUGAAAACAAAAUUUCUUGACUCCUUGUCAGGAGAAAUCACCUUUCUACUUUGUAGCAAUCCCUGUCAAAAUCAAAGUGAAUUCCUUUGUGAUCUGUGGGAUAUGCCAGUGACCUGGAACUAUCCUAUGUGAUUUAUGAGCAUCUGUAAACAUCUGGUUAUUCACAGAACUUUAAACAAAAUGAUUAUUUAUGUACAAGUAGUUUAAUGGGUAAGUAUAAUGAAUGUAUGUUUCUAAGUCUAAAUGGCCUAAUAACAUUUCCUCAGUUCUUCCUGUGUUUGCAUCAUGCAUACAAGUUUUACAGAUGGAUUAUAUGUGUGCAUAAGAAUGUGCACAGAUAUGAAAGACAUGUAAACAAAAAGUAUAUUUUGUUACAUCAAGAUAAAGAGAUGUUAGUAAAAUUUUCUUGUUACCCAUGCUGUAGACUUUGUAAAGCAUCGAUCAAUUAUCAAAACACCUUUCUUCCAAGUGACAAUCACAGGACCCAAAACCCUUGAAUGUAUAAAGUGUAAUAUUUUUAUUUAAACUUUGUAAACUGUUCUUUCACAGUUAAUUAAAAGUGCAGUACAUCAGUAUUAAAAACCUGACAUCAAAAGCCUCUUCUGGCUACAGUGAACCUGCACAAACUGGUAUGGUUUAUGUUACCCAGCAUGACACAAAGAAACAGGCUUACAGCUAAGCAGUGAAUGUCAGCAACUGUACCUAUCUAGUUCCCACAACCCCAACCCCCAUCAUAUGAAUAACCAGUACCAAUGGACCAGCACAUAUGAAUGGUGUUUACGACUGUUAAAAUCGACACAUUAGAGUUUCUGUAAGCUUUUGCAUGUUUCACACAAAGCAUAUCUACUGAAAAUAUUUUUAAGUCACACAGGAAUUACCUACUUUGAGGGCUUCUCUUGGUUGUAUACAUUGGUCUCAUGUGAAAUAAAGGUAAAUAUUAAAAUGCUAAAA